CCUUUUCCCCCCCGCCUCCAUUUUGUUCGUGGACGCUGGGGACGGUGGGAGCAGAUCCAUUUCCGGGUUGGCAAAAGGGGCGGCGGCGGCGAGAAAGGGAGCUUGCCGGGCAGGGGCCGAGCAGAGCUGGACGAAGCCGGAGCGGAGGUGGCGGAGGAUUCGCUCCCAGAGCCGCUGCGGCCAGGGGAUAAUUAGUUGAAGAUAACUCUCUCCGAUAGGUCUUGGGAUGGAUUCUGAAGAUCAUUUCUUAUAGCAUAUGACGGUGGCCCUUCUAACACUGGAAACCCCGAGACAGACCCUCUCAUUGGUGGUCCUGGAUUCGGCUUUCUCCUGCCAUCAUUAGUCUAGAGUAUUCGGUUCCUGAUAUGCAGUCAUUCCAUAUAAGCAAUGAAGAGAUUUGGUACCUGCCCUAUAUUGGUAUAUGAGUGACCUAAAGCUGCAAAUUAAAACGGAGAGAGAGCAGUGCCAGCUGCGAGCAGGGCAAGGAUGCCAAUUCCUCCUCCCCCUCCGCCCCCACCUGGUCCUCCUCCACCUCCCACAUUUAAUCAGGCAAACACAGAGCAGCCCAAGCUGAGUCGAGAUGAGCAGCGGGGUCGCGGCGCCCUCUUACAGGACAUCUGCAAAGGGACCAAGCUGAAGAAGGUGACCGCCGUUAAUGAUCGGAGUGCUCCCGUCAUUGAGAAACCCAAAGGAAGCAGUGCUGGUUAUGGCUCUGGAGCAGGUGCCCUACAGCCCAAGGGAGGUCUCUUCCAAGGAGGAGUGCCAAAGCUCCGACCUGUGGGAGCCAAGGACGUUUCAGAGAACGUAGUUGGUAAGCCAGCCCUACAAGUCCCCAGUUCUCGAGCUGCUGCCCCAAGGCCUCCAGUGUCUACAGCCAGCGGGCGCCCUCAAGAUGAUACAGACAGCAGCCGGGCGUCACUCCCAGAACUACCCCGGAUGCAGAGACCAUCAUUACCGGACCUUUCUCGGCCUAACACCACCAGCAGUACGGGCAUGAAGCACAGCUCUUCCGCCCCUCCGCCGCCACCCCCAGGGCGUCGUGCCAACGCACCCCCUACACCUCUGCCUAUGCACAGCAACAAAGUCCCAGCCUACAACAGAGAGAAACCCUUGCCGCCCACACCUGGACAGAGGCUUCACCCUGGUCGAGAGGGACCUCCUGCUCCACCCCCCGUCAAACCACCUCCUUCCCCUGUGACUAUCAGAACGGGACCAAGUAGCCAGUCCCUGGCUCCUCCGCCGCCGCCUUACCGCCAGCCGCCAGGGGUCCCCAAUGGACCUUCCAGUCCCACUAAUGAGUCAGCCCCCGAGCUGCCACAGAGACACAAUUCUUUGCAUAGGAAGACACCAGGGCCUGUCAGAGGCCUAGCACCUCCCCCACCCACCUCAGCCUCCCCUUCUUUACAAAGUAAUAGGCCACCUCCCCCAGCUCGAGACCCUCCCAGUCGGGGAGCAGCUCCUCCGCCCCCACCACCCAUGAUCCGAAAUGGUGCCAGGGAUGCUCCCCCUCCCCCCCCACCAUACCGACAUGGGUCGGAACCUCUGAGCCGAGGAAAGCCCCCACCUCCGCCCUCAAGGACGCCAGCCGGGCCACCCCCUCCUCCUCCACCGCCCCUGAGGAAUGGCCACAGGGACUCGAUUACCACUGUCCGAUCUUUCUUGGAUGAUUUUGAGUCGAAGUAUUCUUUCCAUCCAGUAGAAGACUUUCCUGCUCCAGAAGAAUAUAAACACUUUCAGAGAGUAUAUCCCAGCAAAACAAACCGAGCUGCCCGUGGAGCCCCGCCUCUGCCACCCAUUCUCAGGUGAAGUCUGGCUUGGUCCUGUUCCUCAGGAAAAGGAUGGACCCACUCCUCUUCUCAGAUGGUCCCUUCUACUCCCCUGCAAACCUGCAUGAGAGCUCCUAACGUGUUUCUCCAGUGCAACCAACCUCUAGACUCCAAGCGUCCUCCCAGCUCACCUCCAUCUAUGCAUCUCGUUGCUGGACUUGGUGAUUGGACUCUUUAUAUUGACAAUAGGGUCUCAAACCCUGCAUCCAUGCCUCCUCUAGCAAGCCCUGCUAGCCAGAUGAGGAAAAAGCUUCCAUGUCUCCUGCUUUCCUCUUAGGGAAAGGUGCCUUGUUGUGAUUGUUGGGGCAGGGUGGAGAAAGGAACUCCUACCUCCUCCUACCCACUUCGGGGGAAGCUUGGCAGUAUAUUACAUUUCAUCAUUUAGAAGGCUGACAUGGCCAGGACUUGGGAGAGAGGGCGAGUUUUUAGUGAAACAAUCUAGGAGUUUGCAGAGAAGUGAUCUGUUGUAAAGGUCAAGUUUGAAGAAAGGACAAGGAAAUGGGUCUGCUUUAUUUUUAGGGGUAUUUUGGUUUUGCUCUUACCCCACCCCCUACACUCACCCCAGGGAUAAGUUGGAUAUAACACUAAAUACUAAUCAGUUGAGCUAAACAUCUAAUAUAAAGAGAGGGUGAAAUAAACUGGGGAGCCUUUUGGAGCUAGUAAGUUCGAACUCUGCAGCGAAGGGACCAGGAGCCAUUUUAAUCCUCUGGGACUCCCUGCCCUAUUUCCUCAGGGUGCUGAGGCUGAGGGAUGUUUUCCCUCCCCUCACCACCCAGCCCUCAAAAGAAAAGUCACUUUCAUUCAUUCAUUCCGGAUUCACAAACCCCAAAAACUUCCAGAUGGAGUUCAGAAGAUAGGGCCAGGGCCUGGGCCUUGGCUUUACCCUUGACCUUGAGUUCAAGUUAGUCUUUUCUGACUGGCCCUGAAGGUCACCAGCCCUUUCAGUCCUAUCCAGACACUUCAGCCCCAUGGGUACUCCACGAUGAUAAAGAAGGGAGGGGUGAAACACCUUGUAGAAAGGACCAACUCUGUGGGCUCCAGAAGACUGACUAAGGCCCAAUUGUUGCAGAGUUCACAACCCAUCUGACUGAACAGACUCUGUUUUGUCCACCACCCACCACCCUUGCCUUCCCAAGACUUGCAGGGGUUAGCACAGCAGAGUAGAGAAGAGAGAGGAAGCUUAUGGGGGUCGUCCAGGAUUUCUCUGUGCCAGGAAGUGCAAAGACAGGUGAGGUGUUCCUCAGCCCAGCUGAUCUUCCCCAGCGGCCAGCAAUAUGUUGUUUCUUCGUCUUCCAGGUCCUAGUUAAAGAGCACAGAGAAAAUGGAGGUGCCCGAUCUAGGCAGGAACUGAGCUUGGAUGAUGGGACAGGGACUUCCCCUUCUCCGACAGUGUGAAGGGGGCUCCUGGGCUCGACACACACAGAUGGUUUGGUUUGCUACAGCUCUUGCCAAGUGCAGAGGCUACUCAAAUCUUGGAGUCAGAGGAGGGAGGCCAUGGCGAUUCCUUGAAAUGGUUGGGGAAAGUCAGUUGAAAAAUUUCACCAGAUACAUUACAGGCUUCAGCCACCUUAGGGACCUUUCUGAUCUGUGGGAUCACAGACUAAGGGUCUGUGCCUGGUGUCAGGUGAAACCUGAGUCUUCCAAAUGCUAGCUGGGACAGGGCUCGACGUGGAGUAUUUGUAUGGGGUCAGCUAUCCUUUGUCAUCCCCUGGACCACAUUGACUCUUGGGACAAACCAAGAUUAGGUCUGUCACCAGACUUUUCCUAAUCAUUAUUUAUCAUUUUUAUUUUCAAAUCUCUUAGCAGUUGUCUCCCGGCGACGCCCCCAGCAUCCUACCCUGAAUGGAGCUGAGAGAGGGGAUGCUAGUGGAGGGAAAGGGAGAGAGUACGAGACUGGAUACGGCAGCAGUUCCAGGGUAGAUGCUGACCGGUUACUGAUCUUGGACUGUGAAGUCUUCCCAUUUAUUUUUGAAAUGGGAGUUGAUGCCUUUUGUACAAUGUUAUCAAAGUGUAUUUUUUCCCCUUUACUCAAUUAUGGAGCAUCAAAAUACGUAUCACAAGUAAAAGCCAAACCCCAGCUUUUCAUUGGGGCGGAUAUCUUCCUCCCCUGUGACCUACUGUCCCUCGUAUUCCCCAGCAUUUGGACUGUGUCACAUGGGUAUUGUAUUUUCAGUUUCUCGGCCUCAUGAAAAAAGGCCUGGGCCUAGAUCUAGUCAGAUGGAUUUUUCUUCUUCAGAGCAUGUUAGUGACACAGUACUUAUUUAAAUGUCUUUGCCUUAUACAUUAUUUGGUCCCUCUGUUAAUAACAGAUUUAUUAUCAUGUAUAUUUACUAUUGAAGAAUGGGAAUGUGAUCCUCAUAGUUAUUGAUCUAUUUUGUAUGUUGUAAAAAGCUUGUAAUACAGGUUUAAGGUGGGCUGGCUGCAAGAGCACUAAAACUUCUCACCUUUUAAACUGCUCUUUUUAUCUGCUUAUGGGAAUGUUGUCUCUUCAGUGACAGAUUGGGUGGUCUCAUGUUGAGGCUGUUGCCCAGUCCCGUUUACCCCUUAUCCCCCCUCAGAAGGAAGAGACAUUGCCCCACUAAGCAUCAGGAAGCUGUGUUAAAAGCCCUUGUGUGGGUUUGGUUUUAUGAUGUUUUUCUCUAGUGGGAAAAACUUAAUACUAUAGUUGUUUCUUACCGCCCUUUCUGGGAAGCAGGGCAGUGGCCUCCAGGUUUGUAAAUGAGCUAGAUGCCCCUCUUCCCCCCUCUUCUCUAGUCACCCAACCUGGGUAAGAGCACUUUGAUAUUCCAGGUGUGCUUUUCUCUGUCGUGGGGAUUUCCUCCAGCAGCAGAGCCUCCUCAUCUUCACAGCCUGUGCCCCAGUGUGAGAGUGCUUAGGGCUGCCCCACCCAAUGGAUGUGAAACUUCUGUCUCCAGAAACUCAUCCCAGCCCUCCCAACUGGCAAAGGCAAGGAGACUAGCCACUGGCCAUUGCACUGGGGGCAUCCCCUCAUGCCACGGCUUCCCAACUUGAAACCCAGAUUUACCUUCAGGGAGAGGUAAGAAAAAACUGUAAAUAGACUUGCUACAGAGCAACUCAGGGUUGGGGUGUGUUUUAAUUCUCCUGAUCACUUGAAAUAAUCUGUAGGCUGAAUGCUUAUGGGAGGUGGGGGACAAGUGUGACUCCAUGGUCUUCUGUGAAGC